CCCUGGCGCUGGCGCCACCCGGAAGUCCACCGCUGCAGCCGUCCAUACUUGAGGCCGGGCAGGACAUCCUGCACAAUCGAGAGGUUGCGGUGGCGCUUAUUACCAUUCCAUUUCAAGUGUUUUCAAGAACCGUACGCCACAAUGGAUGCAGUAUGGUCACCUAUCGCUCGUAUUUACGACCCCUUAAAGGCUGGCAGCAUCGAUGGGACAGACGUCAAACCUCACGACCACGGCAUCGUCCGUGCAAUGGAAGCUACCUAUAAAACUAACAGGUACGUCAAAACUGACCCACGAAUGACGAUCUUUGUAUCUCGGCUGUGUCCAACUACAACUGAGGACACCAUCAAAGAGUUCUUUACUCAUUAUGGAGACGUGAAGAGCUGUCACUUGGUCAGGGACGUCGUCACCGGAUUCUCCAAACGCUAUGCUUUUGUUGAGUUCUACGAUGCGAGGGAUGCUCUGGCUGCAAGCAGCGCAAACAAUAUGCUCAUCGAUGAUUGUAAAGUCUUUGUAGACUUUGAAAAAGAGAGAAUGCUACCCGGUUGGAUACCCCGUCGGCUCGGUGGCGGCUUUGGAGGAAAGAAAGAGUCGGGACAGCUGCGGUUCGGUGGCCUCGACCGUCCUUUCAAAAAGCCCAUCAUCCUCGGUUCCAAAGGUGGAGCUUACUCAUCGGAGACAUUUAACGAUAGAAGUCGCCAGUUCCCCCAUCGCCGCGAAGGUCGUUACUUGGCAUCUGACCACAGGGCGAGGGAUCAUGACAGGAGAGACGAUUUUAUCCGCGAGAAAAAGUUGAGCUACGAACGGUCGCGUGACCGCCACCACGAAGGAGAUCACAGAAGUGACCGCUCUGAGAGGUCCUACGGUCGACCCUACGAGAGCAGCAGUGACCGCCGGAGGAAGCAUGAAGGCCACUCUGGCUGGAAACACCGGGACGAACACGAGAACAGAGAACGCAGAAGUCGCAGGGAGAACGUCAGUGGAAGAUGACACAAGACAGACAUGCCCUUCAACCUCACGGAAUGAAGAAGACGUGGCUCAGAUCAGGGAACUUUUGCAGCUAAAUCGCACCAUUACAGUCAACAUGCUACCAGAUGCCCUCAACAUCAAUAAGACAACAUUCCAACAAGUUGUGCUUCAGAACAAAAGCUGAAUGCCAGAUUAGUGCCGCAUUCUCUCACACAAGACUAGGACACAGUCAUGUUGUGCUGAUUUGCUCUCUGAGGCACACAAGGAUGCCUCAUUCAUUGACAGCGUCUUUGCUAGAAACAAAACAUGGUGCUUUUAGUACAGCCCUUGAACGAAGAGGCAGAGUGCCGAAUGGCGGUCCACGAGCUCUCUGGCAUCAAAAGACGUGUGGCUGGAGAAUUCAAAAACAAAAACAAUGUUGCUUUUUUUUUUUUCGAAUGCCAGAGGUGUCACACACCAUGAGUUCAUCCCACAAGGGCAGGUGGUGAAUGAACAGUUGUAUAUCUGUGCGCUCAAACACAUAGCACAAUUCACUGCGACGUCAUCACCCUGAUGUAUGGGCAUGUGGACAAUGGAGUCUUCUGCAGGAUGAUACAAGGCAGUGUGCUGUCCUGACUCACAAAAUUUCACACCAAGCACAGUGUAACUGUGCUUUCGCAUUUUCUACACUCCCCUGACCUCUCCCCUGCAAUUUUUCUCUUUACAUAUGUGAACAGAAACCUAAAAGGAUGCUGUAUGGAGAGUGUUGAGGCCAUAAGAUGUCCCAACAAAGGAGCUGAGGGCCCUGCCAAAAGAAGCUUUCUCUGACUGCUUCCAAGACCACAAAAAGCAUCGGAAGCUGUGUAUAAACUGAAGGACAGACUACUUCGAAGGGGAGCUGCACAAGAGAUUUCAAUCUAGACCUUUUUUUCAUGGACUCGUUCUCAGAACUUUACGGACAAAAGUUGUAUUUCAGAGGCUGCAACUAGGAAUACUGUAGUAGGUGAGGACAACGUUGUGUACAUAACAAAGAAGCUUUUGCAAAACACAAAGUGAAAGCUAAUGUCUGCAAAAGUAAGACUAAGCAAACACACGCACAAAUAAAAAUUUGGUGUUGAGCAAAGUUUCCUAUAACUAAUUACCAUUCUUAGAAAGUAAAAAUGCUUAAUAAUAUCUACCCACAGUGUUGCAAGAUAAUGGCCAUGUAGUUCUACUGGUGUGAACAGUGAUCUAGAAGAUAGGAAAAAACCACUUAAUAAGUGAUAGUAGGCGUGGUGGUUUGUUGGCUUGCAAGAAAGAUAACAGGGUAUAAAGAAUGCCGUAAAUGUUGAUUCAGUGAAAAAAUUGUUUGAAGCGGAUCUUGGCUUCAACUGACAGAUCGCUUUCAUCAAAGUCUGUCAAUAUUUGUUCUGUGCGCAUGGAUGACUUAUUCAUCAAAUGUGAGGGAAGAGAGCUCAUCUGUUGGCAAUUUUAAAUCGCCCAAGAAAAUGAAGGGACUUGCAGUCGAAUCACAGUAAAUCAAAAAUUCUAUGCUCCAUACACAUUUGUUUGAAUUAUCUAAAGUCAUAUAAGUCACAGUCCAGAAUAGUUAAGGUUAACUGCACAUACAGGUAUGCACACAUACUGUCAAAUCUGUUUAUAACGAUCACAUGUUACACAAAAAUACCUUUGCUAUAUUUGAUAUUUGUUAUAAGCAUAUAUUCAUUACAUACUGAUGAUGGAACAUUUUAUAACUUGUUAUAUCUGAUAAUUUGUUGCAUCCAUGAUAGUUGUAUUGAGCUUCAACAUUCGUAACCUUGGAACAAGCUUUGCAAGUAUACAAACAAAACAUGGUCGCUUACUGAGCAGUUGGUUCAGUGGCACCAUUUCUAAGUAGCUUCCGUUUGCGGGAAUAUACUUUGACGUAACCAAGUGGCUCCAAACAUUCCAGCAACCUAUUUACACACAACUUGGGCAUGAUGUGUGUACAGCGCUCGGCAAUUGAAACACUAUACUCUGACAGCGUGGCGGUCGGCGCUUUUUGCGCCAUCGGUGAUUGAUGGGUGAUCACUGAGGAGGUUGAAUGCAGUUAGAAUGCAUCAAACAAAUUCUCACUUUUGUGUGACACAAAAAUGCAUCAUCUCAGUGUCACCAGCGCCCACCAGUGGCGAAAGUACCGGCUGCCAUGUUGUCCGAGUAUCGCGUUUCAGUCGCUGAGCGCUGUACAUGAGGUCGCUCUCAUGAGCUGCCUCAUUUAACAUAAGGAAUGUACGAGAGCUGCAUCGCCUUUUCUUGACGAUUGUGCGCAUGUGCCAAUUGCGAUAGAGAAAUCUGGGAGCUGUGCCUAUAGGUACUACGGAGGACUAUGCGCUUUGCUCCAUUUGUCCCUGUGUUGUGGCAGCGUGCACUAUUCGAAAACCCGUGUUUAAGGUUUGUUCAAAGAGAUCACAGUGGUGAAGACAUAGUCUGUCAUGGGGAAGCAUGCAAAACAACAAAUUAGUAGUAACAAUGUGUCAUUAUUCAUUGGUCUGUGGCCGCCAUCUACCUAAGCCUCCACCCCGUCACUUUACUCCCCUUAGCAGGAACCUUCCAUGUCAGGCCUGGUGGUGAAGCACAGGUAAACAACAACUUCUGCAAAAGGGAAAGGAUAUAAUAAUGCAGUUUUCUUUUUUUAAAGGGAAAAAAGAAACAUUUCAUCAUACAUUUGGAGGACUGACCUCCCAAUCACCAGUGCAGUUCUUAGAUCGCUAAGCCAUGAAAGAUGAACAGAGAGAAGCUUAUUCCAGAAUAUUUAUCAGCAGUCACGUAGUGCAGCUUUGUUCGGUACAAUAGGGCCCCAGGCCUCGUCAAGCUGCUCAACGAGCAGCUUUUUGUCUGCGGUCCGUUUUUUCUUGAGGAAAAUAAAACUGAUUCUGAUUUUGACAAACGGGCAAAAGCAUGUUUGCCUCUGUAGUACCUAGGUGCAGUGUCCACGUUUUUCUCGUGCAUGCGCACGUGCGUCAGGGAAACGUGGCAUCUCUCUCUUGUGCCUGUGCCAUUGACAAAAUGGAAACAAGCAGUAUAUGCAGUCGAGCACCUUUAUAAUGAAGAAAUAAUUCUGUCCAGAUUCUAUCGUGAGCUGUGCAGUGCAAAACCUUUACAACGAAGUGACCUGUGUAGCGAAUGAUUUGAGAUUCCCCAAGUGCUUCGUUAUAAGAUGUUCAACUGCAUGUUGUUGAACUAGUUGGUCCAUAUUGCUUUGGUGAUUGUGAGUAAGCGCGAACGGUACUGAAAUUCACACAGAUGUUAAUAUGUGUGCCGUCUCAAAGCGAAGCUGUUAAGGGUAGUUCCGCAAUGGUUCACGUGGCACAGCAGCAAAGGCCAGCAUGUGGCAUUGUGGUUGGUAUGAAAUGUCAAUCAAGCAGCAGCCACUAGCACUGCCUGAGUAGGAGCCCGGAAAUGGCCACAUGACUCAGACACUAGCAUCGCUGAUAAGCUAUCACUGAAAGAAGCUAUCACAGAAGCUUCUUACAAUAUCUACUAGAGGGAAAUCUGGUGCCUCCAUCUAUGUUAAUUUUCUAAAGGGCGAUGAGCCGCCUUGGGAAUGCUGAUGGUAGUGUAUGGGUGUGCAAGACUGUCUCAAACUUGACUUGACCUAAAUCAUGGCCAUGGCUGCACUAUAAUAAAGCUUUCAUAAAAUGUUUUCAUUCACCUGUAUUACUUCAUCCAAUAAAGUUCACUCACCUACAGCAUGUAAGCAAGCGAGGAAAAUGAAAACAGACAACAAACUGUCACACAGCUGGCACGAACAAACCUUGUCGUUUGUCCUCCAAGUUAAGCAUCCAGCCAGUAAUAUUUAGGUUUUAUAUAAUUGUACAUCCGAGCACAGACACCUAUGUAUAAGUAAAAAAUUAUUAUUUUAAUGUUAAAAAAAAAAGACUGCUGUUUACGUGCUGUUUUAGUAUAGAAUCAACUGUGACAAACGAAACGGGGCUAGCCAGGCAAGCUUUCCUGGCCCACCUAGAAAAAUGCCAAUCGGAAGCCACCACAUCCCAACAUUCCCACGCAUACAUUGCAAAAAACUUUAUGGUUGGAAUGUGCAGACUUGAAUAUCUGUGAAUUCUUGAAUUCAUGUACAUGUGCAAAACAAGUAUAAGUAUGGCCACUUUUAGGACAUGCUACCAUACUUGUCCAUAUUGUACUACAUCAAUUUUGAAUCCUUCUAACUCCUGUAUUUGUUUUUGUACCAAUAUUGCUUCUCUGGUAUUGGCGCUCUUAUGUGUGCCAUGCCAGCACAGUAGCUUUUUUUUUUAUGGCAGUCACAAUAGCCAACACUUCUUCCAUGCUUGAAUUCCCUGCAUCUCUUGCGGUUACACAGCACUUAUGAAACUGGCUCUUACUUGCAUAAAUGCGCUGGCCUGUGGUUGCCUUGGGUAUACUGUGGUGUUAAGGAACAUGUCAGUCUAAAGUGCUUCGAUUUUCAUAUAGCAUGGAGCAAUGCGGUCAGUGAAGCACCAAAUGCUAGAGAUUAAGCAUACAAAACUUUUUUUUAACGAAAACAGUUUCAUUCUGUGUUCCUUUUUCUUUUCACAGGUCACCUGUUUAACAAGAGUGUUGCAUCUCUGUGGGGCACCCUUCUUAAUAAAGUGAUUGCGUGAAUCCUA